GGGAAGCACUGGAGGCCGACGCGCUGCGUCCCGGGUGGGGGCUGCAGCCCCGCCCCGGUCCCGUCCCGUCCUGGCCCGCAGCGUCCCGCAGCGUCCCGUCCACUGGCUCCUCGCACCCUCCCGGCGCUCGAGGAGCUCUCCAGUGCUUCCAGCGCAGCCAUGCCUCAGCACUUCUCCCUGGCCGCCUGCGACGUGGUCGGCUUCGACCUGGACCACACUCUGUGUCGCUACAACCUGCCCGAGAGCGCCGUGCUCAUUUAUAAUAGCUUUGCUCAGUUCCUGGUCAAGGAGAAAGGGUAUGACAAAGAAUUGCUAACUGUGACUCCAGAGGAUUGGGAUUUCUGUUGCAAGGGCUUGGCAUUGGAUCUAGAAGAUGGGAACUUCAUUAAACUUGCAGAUAAUGGCACUGUGCUCAGGGCAAGCCACGGCACGAAGAUGAUGGCUCCCAAGGCACUGGUGGAGGAGUAUGGCAGGAAGGAGUGGAAGCACUUCAUGUCUGACGCGGGAAUGGCUUGCCGAUCAGGAAAAUAUUAUUUUUAUGAUAACUACUUUGACCUGCCAGGAGCGCUUCUAUGUGCCAGAGUGGUGGACUCUCUGACAAAGCAGAACAAUGGUCAAAAAACAUUUGAUUUUUGGAAGGAUAUAGUUGCUGGUAUACAACACAAUUAUAAAAUGUCAGCUUUUAAGGAAAGCUGUGGAAUAUAUUUUCCAGAAAUAAAAAGAGAUCCGGGCAGAUAUUUACACACUUGUCCUGACUCUGUAAAAAAGUGGCUCCAACAGCUCAAGAAUGCUGGGAAAAUUCUCUUGUUAAUUACGAGUUCUCACAGUGAUUACUGUCGACUUCUCUGUGAAUAUAUUCUUGGGAAUGAUUUUACAGAUCUUUUUGACAUUGUGAUUACAAAUGCGUUGAAGCCUGGUUUCUUCUCCCAUUUACCAAGUCAGAGACCUUUCUGGACACUUGAAAAUGAUGAGGAGCAGGAAGCACUGCCAUCUCUUGAUAAACCUGGCUGGUACUCUCAAGGGAACGCUGUCCACCUUUAUGAACUUCUGAAGAAAAUGACUGGCAAAAAUGAACCCAAGGUCGUUUACUUUGGUGACAGCAUGCAUUCAGACAUUUUCCCAGCCCGUCAUUAUAGUAAUUGGGAGACAGUUCUCAUCCUGGAAGAGCUCAGAGGGGACGGAGACAGGAAGCCUGAAGAAUCAGAGCCUCUAGAGAAGAAAGGAAAAUAUGAGGGAUCAAAGGCAAAGCCUCUAAAUACAUUAUCUAAAAAGUGGGGCUCUUUUUUUAUUGAUUCAGUUUCGGGACUGGAAAAUACAGAAGACUCAUUGGUUUAUACAUGGUCUUGUAAGAGAAUCAGUACUUACAGCACUAUUGCAAUUCCAAGUAUUGAGGCAAUAGCAGAAUUACCCCUGGACUACAAAUUUUCAAGGUUUUCUUCAAGCAAUUCAAAAACAGCUGGCUACUAUCCAAACCCUCCAUUGAUCUUAUCAAAUAAUGAGACACUGACAACCAAAUAAACUGUCCUUACUGAAAACUGAAGUGAAGAACUAUAUAUGCAGCAAGUCUACUGUAAAAAUGUUACCUUUCAAAAAAUACUAUAAAAUGCUUUAUAGGAACAAAUUCUUAAUGAUAACUGACCAAGAAAUUGAUGUUUUUUCCAUAGGUCUCCUUUCUGGAUAGACCAUCUUUAUGCCCAACAACUCUCAUUACAUUAAAAUCUCAGUAUCUUAGAACUGAAAAGAACCUUAAUAUUUUCUAUACCAAUAGUUCUGAGAUUAGGAUUCAUCUGAGGAUUAGGAAUCACCUGUGUAAUACAUACAUGUAUUCAUACACACACACACACAAUUUACACAUAUGCCUAGA